GAAAACCAGACGACAAAAUCAAACUCUCCUUCCGACCGCCCGCAUUUUUUUCCGGCAUUUGGAGGCUGUAUAAUUGAUCCGUAUAGACCAUAGGGGGUACUGGAUAUGAAUGGAAGUAUAAGAGGCAAGGAAAAUGAGGUAGGCGAUAAUGGCGGAUUAACGGCGGAGCAAAAGGCUCGAAUCUCCCAAAAAUUCAGAGCUGCCAAGGCACUUCUCGCUCGCAAAAGGCCCCGCGAUGCUUCCGAUCAUCAAUACCCGCAAAAAGAUGACAAUGGUAGGAGAAGUGGACAUCCAGAUCACUUGGGUGGCAUUAGAAGGAUUCCUCUUUCUGAGGUUUCUAUGAACACAUCUUCACCUAUGUCUGAGAAGGGUUCGAAUUCAAAGCUGAUUGAUCAUAGUAGCAGUGUACACUGUUUGGAUGGUUCCUAUGGCUAUGCUGUUAAAACGAUAAGAGAGACUGGACAACAUUUGGCAUUAUUUAGAACUCCUGAAAAACAAAAUAAAUCUAGCACUGAACAGUGUUUUGGUAGUUCAUCCAGCAACAGAACUGGAUUAACUGCUGUUAGUAUCCAUGAAAAAGCAGGUAUUUCAGUGGAAUGCAAUGUUGGGUUGCAUUCAUGUAUUACUCCGGUGAGGCAACCUUGCUUCUCUAAUUUGAGUGGGCCAUACCUAUUAUCCAGUAUGCUAGGUGAUGAUUUUGAUGAAUCUAUUUUGGAGGACAUUGAUGCUUUGUGCGAGCACAAGUCAGCUGAAAGUGCCAAGAGAGAGAAGCCCUGUAAUAAUCAGGAGGAAAAUCAACAUGCUCACAAAAGUAUUGGGAAGGAUAACUUAGGUGCAAAAGUCAAUGCAGAUGAAAGCACAAUGGUUGAACGCAUUCUGACUUUAGCUGAUCAAGUGUCUGAAGCAAAAUGUUUGAUUGGCAGUGACACUGACAAGGAGAGCUUGAAUCCUGGUGGUUCAGGUCAAAACUUAGAACUUGAAUGUGUUUUGACUUCAAGCAGAGAUCAAGAAUGCAAAGAAGAAGAGCCAAAGAGUUCUGAGGCUAUGUAUAUUAGGAGCAUGCCUGAGGAAUAUGCAAAGUACAUAAGAGCUCUGAAUGACAAGCAGCAGGAAGCUGCCUGCACUGACAUUUCAGUCCCAUUGAUUAUCGUUGCUGGACCAGGAAGUGGAAAGACAUCUACAAUGGUAGGACGUGUCUUGAUGCUGCUGCAUGAGGGCAUUGGUCCAUCCAACAUUCUGGCCAUGACAUUCACUACAGCAGCAGCUUCUGAAAUGAGAGAGCGAAUUGGGGCAGUUACUGGGAAAUCAGCAGCAAAAGAGCUAACCAUUAGCACAUUUCAUUCAUUCUCUCUGCAACUCUGCCGUUUACAUGCAGAGAAGUUGGGCCGCACAGCUGACUUUUUGGUAUAUGGGCAAGGACAACAGAGAAGGGCUGUCAUUGAGGCAGUCCGACUACUGGAUAAUGAGAACAAAGGAACUAAUAGUGAGUUUUGUAAGCUCAAUGAAAUGCCUGAUGUAAAGUCUCCCAAUCAAUUCAAGGAUAAGUCAAAGAAGUGGCUGAAGUUUGUAACCCAGGCUAAAGCUUCUGGAAGGACAACUGAAUACUACUCUAAAGUUGGCAACAAGAUGGGAGCUGCAAUUCUUGAGAAGUACAGUGACAUAUUAAAAUCUUGCAAUGCUUUGGAUUACCAUGACUUGAUCAGUUGUUCCGUGAAGCUCAUAACUGACUUUCCAGAAGUAUCCAAGGACUGCCAAGAAUCAUGGAAAGCAAUAGUAAUUGAUGAGUUUCAGGAUACAAGUGCCAUGCAAUAUGGCCUUUUGCUGAUACUUGCAUCCCACAAGAGAAUUACUGUUAUUGGUGAUGAAGAUCAAUCUAUUUUCAGUUUUAAUGGAGCUGAUGUUUCUGGAUUUGAUUCAUUUCGAAAAGAUUUUCCAGUGCAUAAAGAGGUUAGACUUGAUAAAAAUUAUCGAUCCACUCGUUGCAUUGUGGAAGCUGCAUCAUCUCUCAUCCAACAUAAUUUGAGACGGUGCUGGUCAAAACAUGUUCUAACAGACAAUUCUUCUGGACAUAAGAUAACUAUCAAGGAAUGCUGCAACGAGGAUGCACAGUGUGCAUUUGUUAUAGAUAAAAUAUUAGGAAUUAUUUCUGAUAAUUCAUCUGCCAAAUCUUCAUUUGGCAGCAUUGCUAUUCUCUACCGGAGGCAGGUGUCAGGAAAAAUAUUUCAAGUGGCAUUCCGUGAUAGAAAAAUUCCAUUCAACAUUCAUGGUGUGGCCUUCUAUAGGAAAAAGGUGAUCAGGGCAAUAAUUGCUAUGCUCAGAACAACACUGCCUGGAUGUGAUAGUGCUUCAUAUCGACGAAUAUUUAAAGCUUUACUCCCUUUUGAUAAAGAUGAAAAGAAGAAGAUAAUUGAACACAUUGAGAAAGUUUCUGCUAUAAGAAACUGUAGCUUUCUUUCUGCUGCAAGUGACAUAUUUGGUGCAAAAAUAUCUGGUACAUUCAAAAGGCGUCAACUUACCCAAGGGCGCAAGGUGUUAAUCACUCUUGACAUGAUUUCAAAGCUUGUUCACAGGGAACAAUCAAUUUCAGCUGUCAUUACUUCAGUGGCAAACAUGAUACCUCAGAAAUACCUUCUUGAACAGCGGGCAGUGGUUGACGUGGAUGGAAGGAAAUUACUUAAUGAAGAUAAUGAUCUUAGAUCUGUUCUUCAGUAUUUGUUGGAUGACGUAUCUGAUUUUUUGAGAACCCAAACUAAUACUGUAGAAGGAGAAAGUGACUGUAUAAAAGAAGGGAAAGGCUGUGUUAAUGUUCUCAAAAGUUUUAUUGAUUACAUAUCUGAACGAGAGACAGAAAAUUUCCGUGCCAGGAGACUUGAAAAUAAAGAUUCUGUUACCCUUACUACAAUUCAUCAGUCAAAAGGCUUAGAGUGGGAUACCGUUUUCAUUGUGAAGGCAAAUGAUUCUGAGAUUCCCUUGCUACAUGAAUUUAAUGGAAUUACAAAUGAAAAUGCCAACUCUUUAGAGGAGGAGAGACGCUUACUUUACGUGGCAAUGACUCGUGCCAAGAAAAAACUUUUUAUUUUACAUGUAUUAAUGGACUCGAAUUGGCAGGUUCUUCAACCAUCACGCUUUUUAAAAGAAAUUCCUCGACAUCUAUUGGAAGUCCAGGAAGAGGAAAAUUUAAGAGGUUCAAAAACAACUAAUCAACAACAAAUGGAUGAAAAACCUCAGAUUGGUUCCCCAAAAAAGAUGUUAUCCUCUGAUGAUAACCCAAGGCUAUACGAUUCUUCCAAUGAUCCAGUGGAUGAAGCACCCAAAGAUUCAAUAGAAACAUGCAAUUCUAACAAUUUCCUAAGAAGAUUCAGCACAGAAGACCGUGCUGUGGUUUCCCAUUUAUUCCACAAGUGGGCGAAAAAGCCUGCAUUUCAGGAUCCAAAGAGGUUACUCAGUAAGGUAGGUUUUGUCAUUGAUGAGCGGCUGAGAGGCAAAAAGAUCUCACAUAAGGAUGUAUUGUGUGCCUUGAAGUCUGACUUGGGGUGUGAGGAAGCUUUUCAUUAUGCUGAAUAUGUUCUUAAGUGGGAGCAAAUCCCUGCUGACAAGCGUGCUUAUUUGAUGAGAGAAAAACAGGAACAUUUCCAAAAACUGAGAGUUGAGAAUUCAAUGAGUUCAUCAGAACCAACUCCUAAACAGAUUGCUUAUCUUCAAAGUUUGGGGUGUACUGUGGCUCCUACAUCUCGUCUCCAUGCAUCACGUUUGAUUGAAGAAUACAAAUCACUGUAAUGCCAACAGAUCUAAACUGAUUCUCAGGUACACUGAUUGAGAAAUACAAAAUGCAGUAAGAAAAGACUUGACAGGUAACUGAUUCU